AUGGCAGUGCAAAAAUUAGAUAUGAAGAGGAGGUCCGAGAGAGGUAUGUCAUCGGUCUUACCGGCUACUGUGAGUAUCAAAUCAGAUUUUUCAGCCCGAAAAGAUUUGACGUUUUAUGUGGAACGUAAGCGUGACCACUUAUUUCCUCUUUAUCUUGAAACGAGAAGGGACCAGUUGGAUCCGAAAACACUGGAAUACGAAUAUGUGGAAUUGGUAGUUGUAAAGAAAAUCCAUGGCGAUAUUUUUGCUUGCGAAAAGAAGAUACGUGAGUAUCUGGAAGAACGCUUGCAGCAUCCGGUCGCAACACACGUCGAUGAACUGAAGGGCUUUAUGCGGAUAAAAGGUGCGGACAGGGCACUGGUUGAGGAAUGCUUGUAUUAUUUUGGCUUCUGA